UGUUCUUGGGAAAGAAGAAGAAAAAGCGCAACCGAUUUGGCCAAGUGGAAUACAUCGCAAUUGGCCGUGAUUUAAGCGAUAAAAAGCAAUUGUCUGCAGCGGCGUAGGAAAACACAAAUUAAGAAAACAGAAUCAUGGCCCUUCGCUUGACCCAGAGAUUGCUGCAGACGCAGACGCCGUUCCUCACCCGUGGAUACCCUCUGCUGGUGACCAAGGAGAAGACGGAGGACGUGGCCCACACCAAAUCGGCACUGCAGAAGAAGCUGACCGGCACGGACAUUCCUUCGGCUCAGUAUGGCGGUCGUCAUGGCGUCACCAUGCUGCCCGGCGGCGGCAUUGGUCCGGAGCUGAUGGGCUACGUUCGUGAGAUCUUUCGGUACUGCGGUGCCCCCAUCGACUUCGAGGUGAUUGACAUUGACCCCUCCACCGAAGGUAACGAGGAUCUGGAUUAUGCUAUCACUUCGAUCAAGAGGAACGGUGUGGCGCUCAAGGGUAACAUUGAGACCAAGUCCCAGAGCCUUUCGGAAGUCUCGCGGAACGUGGCCAUUCGCAACGAGCUGGAUCUGUACGUGAACGUGGUGCACUGCAAAUCGUACCCCGGCAUCCCGGCCCGUCACCAGAAUGUCGACGUUGUCCUUAUCCGCCAGAACACCGAUGGCGAGUACGCCAUGUUGGAGCACGAGUCUGUGCGCGGUGUGGUGGAGAGCAUGAAGGUUGUUACUGUUGAGAACGCCGAGCGUGUCGCCCGCUAUGCCUUUGAGUAUGCCCGCCAAAACAACCGCAAGAAGGUGACUACCAUUCACAAGGCCAACAUCAUGAAGCUGUCCGACGGCCUCUUCUUGGAGGUGGCCAACCGAGUGCACAAGGACUAUCCCGAACUGGAGCAUAACAACAUGAUCAUUGACAACACUUGCAUGCAGGCCGUGUCCAAUCCCCACCAGUUCGACGUGAUGAACAUGACCAACCUGUAUGGCACAAUUGUGUCGAACGUUAUUUGCGGCCUGAUUGGAGGAGCUGGCCUCAUCUCUGGCAGGAACUACGGCGACCAUUACGCCAUUUUUGAACCGGGCACCCGCAACACAGGCACCGCCAUUGCUGGCAAGAACAUCGCUAACCCUGUGGCCAUGAUUAAUGCCAGUAUCGACAUGCUGAACCAUCUGGGACACAAGGAGCACGCCAAUGUCAUCCAGGAAGCUGUUUACCAGACCAUUGUCGAUGAUGCCAUUCGCACCCCAGAUCUGGGCGGCAGCCACUCCAGUACCGACGUUGUUCAGAAUAUACUCAAGAUCUUGAGUGCCAAGCGCGUGAAUUGGCCACAUGGAAACUAUUUCAGCCAAGUUUAAACACUACUCUCGCACUACCGAAACUCAACCAACCAAGCUAACAAGAACUCAGCAAGAUAAACCAAAUCGAACUAAGCAUAAUACCAAACCAAACUCAAAAUUAUAUUAACCCACAACUAAGCCAAUUUGAGACAUUCUCCUAGCCCAAAGCCAAGCGUUAUAAUGUGAUGCCCCGCAAGAAUCGGUUUAAUCAAAGUUUGAGGUCAAAAAAUUCCGCUGCUUAAUCCCAAACAAAAUAUGUUAUCCCGGCUAAAUGUCCAUUGUGUGUUCAUUCAUGAUGUCAAAGUGUGAUUAUUCAGAUUUUCUUGCUGGCCAAAUCCCUUGUUCUGCACUCGGUGGGCUCCUCAGUGGGCUCUCUUUUGUUUAAUUUUCCUAUCCCAAGAUAUCACUACUUGAUGAAAAAUAAGAACCACACAUCAGAUUAUGCCCCUAAGAAAAUAGUUCCCAAAAUAGUCAAUCAAAGCGAUAUUUAAAUUGUAAAUUAAAGUUUUCCAAACAUAAAUUGUAA